CUCAGUCUGCGAUUGCGUUUCGACCGAGCUUUGACCAAGUUCCGGUUAAUGCGACAAUAAUGAAUCAGCCAAGUAAUGAACUCAUUCAUCAUUAAGCAAUGUCCUCCCUUAUAUAUCGACCGGUCCGCGCGUCGUGUUUCAAUACGACCGGACAUGAUUUCCGUCCUCUUUCUCGCGUGGAUCCUGAAUUUCGGUAAUGCCUUCAAUGAAUUCCCGUCGCUCAUGUCUGCCAACGCCUCGAUGGCGGUUGUCAUCGAUAAGAGCUUCUUCGACAAGAAACACGAGUAUAUCGACGUCACGAAGAGGAUUCACGAAUACAUCACGAACAUCGCGAGGGAGGAGAUGCAUAUGGGUGAUAUAAAUGUGCGCGUCUUUCGUAAUGCAAAAAUUAAUAAUCUUCGAGGUAAGAACAAUGCGCCAGGUCGACCUUUAAAUAUUGUCACACCGUUUACCGUUACACAGCACCAUCCCUAUCACCAUCGUCGUCUGUCACAUUUAUACGUCGUGUACUUAGAAUAUAUUCAGAAUAUCGCGUGUCAGUUAAUGUAA